AUGGCGAACUGCGGCGCUGCAAUAACACCCUCGACAUCGGUGACCCAAUUUGAUGAUCUUCACUUUGACCCAGAGGGUCAAGUUAUCAUCAAUAUGGUGACCAAAAACGACGUUUCUGCGGCCAGCGCCGUGGACGAAAUAGCCACCCUCAGUUCAACCACCGCAGCUUCUUCUGCCGAUAAUGCUUUAUACCGACAUGCUUCAAAUGUCUCGCUCACCAUUCAUGCUCUCUCAAAACGCAUCCCACACAACCAACAAUCCAAGCUCGUUGAAUUUUGCAUUCGCCUCCAACAGGUAACUGUACCUGAUCCCACCAAUGGCGGGGUUUUGGAGUACAAGGGCCAGGUUUUCUGGUCACAAAUGCCUCAAAUGUCUAUCACUUUAGCUGAGUAUCAGCUCACUCGCGCUCCCACUGGAAGCAAUGAGGACGCGAGUUAUAGUUAUGAAAAUUGCACAGCUUGGCGUGCUCAACUAUCCGAACUGGGAUUUUGUCACUACAAAGAGGAUAUAUCCUGGAAUUAUGACCAUCUAACGCGCGUAUUCCAGCAGAAUUAUCAACCGACAAGAAAGAGGCAGGACGUACGAUUGAUGUGCAUGUGGUUUAUCCAUGCCCCCCAAAAGGUCUGGCUCGACUUUCAGCUGCGCCGCAAGCGAGAGAACAGCUAUCUACGUAUGACGGAGGAAUUCCAGCCGUGGUUCUGGUCAAGUCGGAAAGAUUUCUUAGAAGACUGCCAGGAACUGCCUUCAGAAGACAGCGAGGAUGAAGACAUGCUCUCUGAUGGUGAUGAUGAUGAGAAUGAUGACGACGAUGCAGAGGAUGUUGGCGUCGAGGACGGGCAGGAUCUCUCAGAUAAAGACACGCAAGAGCUCAUUGGGCGUGCACUGAAUAAUAUAGAGGAGGUGGAGAUAGAACAAGAAAUAUAUUAG